AUGAUGCCCGAAGGAAUAACUAGAGCUGAUAUUUUCUUUACACUUCUGAGAGUGUCGUUGUUUUCUGUUACGGCUUUGUUAACAGCUAAGCUGUUAAUGAAGCACCUUGAUCCUACGAAUAAAAGGAAAACCUAUGCAGCAAAAACGGCUACCGAUCUACUGGACCGACUAGGAAUCAAAAUUGCCAAACAACUAACAGAAUAUGAAUUGAUGAUAGCUAAUCAUCUCGUCGAUCCCCAGAGUAUUACAGUCUCCUGGGAUAGUAUAGGAGGGCUAGGCCAUGUUAUUCAAGAAAUUCAGGAAACUGUCAUAUUGCCAAUUAGGAGAAGAGAACUAUUCAGCAAUUCACAAUUGACUCAACCCCCUAAAGGAGUAUUAUUACAUGGGCCACCAGGAUGCGGAAAGACUAUGAUUGCUAAAGCUACUGCCAAAGAAGCAGGAACUAACUUCAUCAACUUAGACCUGUCCAUCCUCACAGAUAAAUGGUACGGAGAGAGUCAGAAAUUAGCCUCUGCUGUCUUCUCAUUAGCUGUUAAAUUGCAACCUUGCAUCAUUUUUAUUGAUGAAAUAGAUUCAUUCCUCAGAAGUCGUAAUGUGCAAGAUCAUGAAGCUACGGCUAUGAUGAAAGCUCAGUUCAUGACAUUGUGGGAUGGUCUGAACACUGAUCCUGGAACAACUGUGAUUGUGAUGGGUGCGACUAACAGGCCCCAUGAUUUGGAUAAAGCUAUUCUCCGUCGUAUGCCUGCAAUUUUUCACAUUCCUCUUCCUACUCUUGUCCAGAGGAAAGAUAUAUUAAACCUUGUGAUGUCUGGUGAACCAUUGGCUGAUAAUGUUGAACUCAGUGGUAUAGCUGCAAAUACGGAAGGCUUCUCUGGAUCUGAUCUCAAGGAGCUCUGUCGCAAUGCUUCACUUUAUAGAGUUCGUGAUUAUGUGGCAAAUACCCAGUUCUGUGAUAAACUGAAGGACAGAGGUAUCAAUUCCAAUGCAAUAAAGCUCAGUGAAGAUCAAGAAGAAUUUCAUGAUACAUUACGACCCAUUACGAUGGAUGACCUUACCAAAUCUUUAAAGAAAAUGAGAGAUGCUAAAGUCAAUACAUCUACUUUAACUCUUGAUUGA